UUACAAAUUCCAAUUAAAUAUUUAAAUUUAAGGUAACCUAAAACUAGUCUUAACUUUUAACUUAUUUAAUAGUUUAAGAGAUAAUUUAACAUUAUAAUUUAAUAUGCGAUAUCUAUCACAAAUAUUCCAACCAUUGAUCACAAUACCGAAAGGAGCAAAACUUAAAAAUACCGAUAUUACUUGUAAAAGCCAAAAGUUACUUUUAGAAUGCGGUCUCAUUCGUCCAACGAGUGCGGGCCUAUUUACAAUAUUACCUCUCGCACGACGGGCUAUAGAUAAGCUAGAAAACUUAAUACAUAAAUGCUUAGAACAUGUGAAUGCUCAGCGAAUGUCAUUGCCAUCCUUGACGUCAGCUAGACUGUGGGAACGUAGUGGAAGACUGGACCAAGUUGGAGCUGAACUACUUAUGGUACAAGAUAGACACAACAAACAGUACUUAUUAGCACCGACACAUGAGGAGGCAGUAACAGAGUUGAUGGCUGAUGUUGGUCCUCUGUCAUAUAAACAGUUACCAUUGCUCAUAUACCAGAUCUCAAACAAGUACAGAGACGAGUUACGACCUAAACACGGCCUGUUGCGCGCCAGAGAGUUUCAAAUGUUGGACCUCUACGGGGUUCACGCGGACGAAGCGAGCGCCGCCUCUGUCUACGAUGACGUCACCGGUGUCUACAGACGGUUGUUUGAUUCGUUGCAUUUGCCUGUUCAUAGAGUGUCAGCGCCCCCUGGUGAGAUGGGUGGGUCAGUUUCGCAUGAGUGGCAGCUGCCGGCCGCCGCGGGAGAGGACACAGUGGCCGUAUGUCCGUCCUGCUCGCACGUUUCCUUGCGGGGCCCGUGCCAACGGUGCGGGAGCGAGACAACAACACUCAACAGCAUCGAGGUGGGUCACACGUUUGUUCUGGGCACGAGGUACAGCGAGUGUCUGCAGGCUCGAUGCACUCCGCCGGACUCGAACCCCACGCCCCUCGUCAUGUCGUGCUACGGCAUCGGAAUCACAAGGUUGUUAGCAGGCAGUAUCGAGCACCUCAGCUCAGAGACCAGUAUCAGGUGGCCGGCGCCCAUUGCGCCCUAUACUGCGCUCGUCAUCGGGCCUAAGGAAGGCUCGAAGGAAUGGUUGAGUCACAACCCGGAGCGAGUUCGCGGGGUCUCGCAACUGAUCACCGAUGCGCUCGGUGAUGAGGAAGUCAUCAUCGACGACAGGCAUCACCUCACCAUCGGGAAACGACUGAUGCUCGCCGAUAGGAUGGGGUAUCCUUACAUCAUAGUUUGCGGCCGAAGUUCUACAGACACGCCGCCAAAAUACGAGUUAUACCGAAGUAAUAGCGGCCACGAAGAACCCGGGCCCCUGCUACUAGAACUGUCCCCUCUGCUAGAACAUAUCAAGCAGAGCCAACCAAAACUGUUUAAUAAAUGUAUUAACUCGUUUUAUGUUUUACUUUUUUUAUGGAAAAGGUUUGUCCUCCUUUUCCAGUGUAUGAUACACCUGGUGUUAAGUGAUCAUCACCGCCCUUAA